AUGGCAAAUGUGUCAAUGAGAAAAAUCCCUGCAGCGAAAGACGUCAAUACGUUCCGGUUGGAGAACCAAAGGGCUACCCUCGGUGUCAAUGAUUGUAUACCAUUCGUUGGGGAGAAAACGGCUAAAAACGUAACCUCGGGCAGGGAGAAGGAGGUAAACGAUAAUGAAAGUGCAGAAGAAGAAGAGAUACCAGAACACAUUCUUCUUUUCACUCAAAGAGGUGAUGAUGUGAUGCCUAUACUGAAACUUGUCCUGGAUGUAUUUGAAUACGAACUGGAUAACACAAUUGCAAUCUACAAUCCAGCGGUCUUAUGA